AUGAAAUAUAUUAUUAACAACUACUCCCACAAAGACAUCAUUCGAAGACGUCGAGAAGCUGAGCGAUGUCAUCUUCUUGCACAGAAAAGGAGCUUUCACCUGAAACUCUCUCAAAACCAAGUGCCUACCGUGCUGGCUGUCAGAGACCUCUCACUAGGAGCCCGCAACUUCAACAAUACAGUUCGAACUAUUUACGAAAAUCGAUUGUUGCAUGUGGGAUCCGUCCCGAAUGCUGUGCAAGAGACCUACUUGAGUUCUUCAAGCGAACACGUGAAAGGAUGUCAGUUUUUGGAUAUUGUGGGGAGCGGUGACGAUGCACAGAUUUUGGGUUGUUGGGCCAUAGGCGAUGGAUCAAGAAAUAGCAGAAAAGCUUCUAAACUUGCCUGCUUACGAGCUCGCUUCAAUGAUGAGGUGGCAAGAAAAGCAGCUAUUGAAAUGGACAAACAGAUCAGACCAGACGCCAACAUAUCUUUGAACGUUCUUGUUUUUGCACUUAUCUAUCUUUUUGGAUUGGCAGAGUAUGAAGUUUUAACCGAUCUGAUGCCUUUGUCCCGUGUUUCCUUUAACGUGAAAGGAAUGUUCCACUUUGCACCUUUUUAA